AUGGGGAUAAACCCUCAACUCAACACAACACAGACCCCGACCCCCAGCACCUUUGCUGCUGCUGCUGCUGCUGCAGCAGCAGCAGCAGCAGCAGCAGCAGAUGGGGAUAAACCCUCAACUCAACACAACACAGACCCCGACCCCCAGCACCAGCACCAGCACCAGCAGCAGCAGCAGCAGCAGCAGCAGCAGCAGCAGCAGCAGCAGCAGCAGCAGCAGCAGCAGCAGGAGCAGCAGGAGCAGCAGCAGCAGACAGCAGGAGUGGUUCAUGAGGGACCAAAGGAGUUAUGUAGAGUUAUAAUAAAAGAAAAAGAAAUAGAGAAGCUGCGGCAGCUGAUAGAUAAACAUUUGCUUGUUGAGCUGCUUGCUGAUGCUGUGCCCCUUGUCUUUCCUCUCGGGCUCAGGGGGUACGAGCAGCAGCAGCAGCAGCAGCAGCAGCAGCAGCAGCAUCAGCAGCAGCAGCAGGAGGGGCAGCAGCAGCAGCAGCAGCAGCAGCUGCAGCAGCAGCUAAGAGUUACACACAAACUAACAACACACCUUCAUUUUGUCUUUAUUGUAAAUGAUGAGGAAAUUGUUGCUGCUGCUGCAGUACCAGGUGUAUCGACACCUGCUGCUGCUGCUGCUGCUGCUGCUGCUGCUGCUGCUGCUUAUACAGACAUCACUGACACCCCAGGGGAGAAGGGGGAGAAGGAGCAGCAGCAGCAGCAGCAGCAGCAGCUGCUGCUGCUGCAGCAGCAGGGAACCAAGGACCUGAGGCAGAUGUACACUGGACCCCCCUCGCUAAGGAACCAAGGACCUGAGGCAGAUGUACACUGGACCCCCCUCGCUAACUCUGUUGUUUUUGUUGUUUUUUCUCUCUUUCUUCUUUUCUUCUUUCUCUUACGCAUGCUUAAAGCAGAUUUCGCCAGGAUGCUGCUGCCACAGGACGAGGAGAUGGCGGCUAUGUCUGAGGAGACAGUUCUCUGCGGGUUUAUGAGUGUUAACCUCUACACAAAACUGGGGGGGCAGCGCUGGGCCUGGAAUAUCGUCUCCGCCUGCAGCAUCUUCAUGCUGCCUGCGUUUCUUGUUUGGUGUCUGCUGAAUGUUGCUGUUUAG